AUGGUGAUAACAGCUCGUAUAGCAGANUAUGAUGUAAGUAAAGUUCUGAUAGAUCAAGGCAGCUCCGUCAACAUCCUAUAUUGGACCACCUUCCAAAAGAUGGGACUAUCAGAAGAUAUAAUAGCACCCUUCGGAGAACAAAUUGUCGGUUUUGUAGGCGAACGGGUGGAUACUCGAGGAUAUGUAGAUCUCAGAACCCGGUUGGGAACUGGUGACAGGGCCAAGGAACUCCGUACGCGGUACCUGUUGGUAGAAGCCCACACCUCCUAUAACGCCCUCCUAGGACGGCCGUGUCUCAAUGCCUUCGGUGCCAUAGUUUCCACCCCUCACCUAGCGAUGAAGUUUCCUUCGGAAGAAGGAAAGAUAUGUACCGUACGGGCAGAUCAGAAAAUCGCACGACAGUGUUAUGUGGCUUCUUUAAAAGACAAGACAUAUCGUAGAGAGAAAAGAUCGGAAGCGAUAUUGGUCGAUUUGGAUCCCAGGACCAACACUGAUGAUCGCAUUCAACCCCAAGGGGAAACCAAGCAGUUCAUUCUCGGCAAAAACGCCGACCAAACCACCUCCAUCGGCGCCGGCUUGGCGCCAGAGCAAGAGAAGGACCUAACCGCAUUGUUAAAGUCGAACAGCAAACUUUUUGCAUGGACCGCCUCCGACAUGCCGGGAAUUCACCCCAGCGUGAUCACCCACAAACUGUCAAUAUUUCGCGAAGCCCGUCCGGUAACUCAGAAAAAACGACGACUAGGCAAUGACAAAAGGGAAGCCGUGCGGAACGAGGUAGACAAACUGGUGAAGGCCGGAUUUGUCCGAGAAAUCCGAUACAGCACCUGGCUCGCAAACGUUGUGAUGGUAAAGAAAGCAAACGGUCAGUGGCGAAUGUGUGUUGACUUCANUGAUCUNAANAAAGCCUGUCCGAAGGAUAACUACCCCCUUCCCAGCAUCGACCGGUUAGUAGACGGUGCUUCNGGACACGCAGUCUUGAGCUUCCUCGACGCCUAUUCCGGGUACAANCAAAUCCCCAUGUACGUCCCGGACCAGGAGAAAACAGCUUUCAUAACGNAGCAUGCCAAUUACUGCUACGAGGUGAUGCCGUUCGGUCUGAAAAAUGNCGGCGCAACGUACCANCGGCUCAUGGACAAAAUCUUUCGAGAACAAAUCGGGCGGUGUAUGGAAGUCUAUGUAGAUGACAUGGUNGUAAAAAGCUCUUCACACCAGCAACAUUUGAAAGACCUGGCNGAAGUCUUUCAACAACUCGAGCAGUAUGAUCUACGAUUGAACCCUCUGAAGUGCACAUUUGGGGUACAAGCAGGCAAGUUCCUAGGUUUUUUGUUAACCGACCGAGGAAUAGAGGCCAACCCAGAUAAAUGUCGGACGAUUUUAGGGAUGCGAAGCCCAACGAAACUCAAAGAGGUCCAGUGCUUAGUCGGACGCCUUACCGCUUUAUCACGGUUUAUACCGAAGCUCUCCGACCUUAUCAAACCUAUAAUAAAGAAUAUGAGGAAGAAUGUGCCCCGGCACUGGGACGAUCAGUGCGAAGCUGCCUUCUCCACUAUAAAAAAUAUACUAACGUCUCCGCCAGUUAUGGCGCGACCAACAGAAGGCCUCGAUUUGCAGCUAUACUUGGCGGCCUCCAACCAUUCGGUAAGCGCCGCCCUCAUUCAGGAAUCUCCAAUUCUUAAACUAAUUUAUUUUGUUAGCAGAACUUUACAGGGAGCANAAGAACGAUAUUCCCAGGUNGAGAAAAUAGCUCUCGCUUUAAUCACNGNAGCGAGAAGACUCCGACCGUACUUUCAAAGCCANCAAGUCGUUGUCCGGACGAANCACCCAAUCGCUAANAUUCUCCGCAAGCCAGAUCUCGCAGGCCGAAUGGUUGCCUGGUCCAUUGAAUUGUCAGAAUUCGGCCUCCGAUUCGAACCACAAGGUUCCGUCAAGGGUCAGCAUCUGGCUGACUUCGCAGCAGAACUCUCGCCGACUAUCGUACCGCCCACAUGGACUUUAAGCAUGGACGGUUCGUCAGACAGGAAAGGAGGCGGUGCUGGAGUCGUACUCGAAGGACCGGACGGUCUACUUGUCGAACAAGCCAUAUCCUUCAACUUCCAACUCAGUAAUAAUCAAGCUGAAUACGAAGCCCUAAUCAGCGGGCUACUUCUGGCAAUAGAAUUGGAGAUCGAACGUCUGGAAUGCCGAAUGGACUCACAGUUNGUCGUCGGNCACAUUAACGGCACUUUUCAAGUCAAAGAUAAUCAUCUGUUACGAUAUUAUCAUAAAGUUAGUAAUUUGAUUACAUCAUUUGACAGCUUCAGCAUUGCACAUGUACCCCGAGCGCAGAAUUCCCGGGCGGAUCUAUUGUCUAAACUGACGCACAGUCGGGACAAAUCUCAGCUAACCUCGGUGAUCAGAACCGCGUUAGAUAAACCCCUGUUAGAAACGUGCUCCAUUGACCUUGCCGCCUCCAAAACUGACUAG